AGGCUUCUCGGAUCCAGCACUGUUUCUUGAGAGCUUGCCAUGGCCCAGUUCUUCGCUUACGAAGCGACCUUUAUCGCCGUGAAGUCUCCGGCUUCUGCGCCUGGCCUUCUCCGUGCCAGGAGUGCGGAGACCUUCCGGCGCGUCGAACAACGAGACACGGUGCAUGGCUAUGUCUCGGACUUGCAGUCACGGGCGCUGCGCUGCGACUUUCUGAAGGUUCCUUUGCCCCCGCAACCUGAAGCGGGCGAGAACGCGGGCAGCGUGGGCCACCCGGAGUUCUGCCGCAAGCCUUGCAUCUUUGCCCUCGCCGGCAACCGCUGCUUCCACAGCGCCUCUUGCAACUUUUGCCACAAAGACCACGACAAGCACACGAAGCUCGGUAGGCGGCAGCGGGAGCUCCUUCAGCAGUUGGGGGAGGCGGAUCGUCUGGCGCUCAUCUUGCCGUUCCUGAGGGCCAAGGAGCUGCAGGAGGCGGAUGGCUUGCUGAGCCGCCUGGAGACGCGUUUGUUCAGCCUCACCUCGGCUCGCGCAGCGGCUCCCUCGUGGCAGGAAACCAUGAGUCGUGGUGGGCAGCUACGACGCGAGACAGGAAUUCUUGUAGGAGACUCGCAGGAACAUCCUUGUAGAGGCCUUACAGAACUUUCAGCGACCAACCCAACACUCACCAUUUGAUACAAUUUGCUGGAAUGGCUUGGUUUCAACUUCUUCCAUUGCUUUCCCAGAUCUUGCAGCUCCGGCGCAACCUGGGCCAUCUGUCCUUCCGGCACCUGCUGCUGCUCUGGCCCUCCGCACCUCGGCCCUCCUUGUACAAUUCCGCGCGCGAGGGGAAAGUUGGUACGCUGAUUGCGAGAGGCUCGCAACUGCAG